CAACACUUUCUCACCUCUUCCUUCUCACGCAACUUCCUCUACAAAACUCUUUAAAGAUCCUCUCUACACUCAACCUUCUAUUAAGACAUCUCUCUACACACUCGUUUCUUUUAGUUAUCUCUCUGCUGUCUAUAAAAGUCUUUAGUUCUUCUGCUAACUAUGGCGCUUGAAGCUCUAAAUUCACCGAGGAUAGCUUCUCCAGUCCCGACUCUGUUCGAGGAGCACUGGACCAAAGGUAAGCGGUCCAAAAGAUCCAGAUCUGAUCAUCUCCACCGUCUCAGUGAGGAAGAGUACCUCGCUUUCUGCCUCAUGCUUCUUGCUCGCGACGGCGACCGCCAUCACGUGGAGGAGGAAAAGACCGUUUACAAGUGCGGCGUUUGUGACAAGGUGUUUCUCUCUUACCAAGCUCUCGGCGGUCACAAGGCGAGUCACCGGAAUCUGUCCAGCGGUGGAGAUGUUAAGCCGACGACACCGUCCGCCGUGAAGUCUCACGUUUGCUCGAUAUGUCAUAAAUCAUUCGCCACCGGUCAAGCUCUUGGCGGCCACAAGCGGUGCCACUAUGAUGGAAGUAGUAGCGUUGUUUCGAAUUAUGAAGGUGUGGGGUCUACUAGCCACGUCAGCCGUGGAUUGGACCUUAACAUCACCCCCAUAAAUGAAUUCUCGCCGGACGAUGAAGUGAUGAGCCCCUUGCCGUCGAAGAAGCUCCGCCUCAAGUAAGGAAGGCCUAUUGGAUUCUUAUGUAUAUACCAAAUUUACAACUUCACAGAUUCAAAUUUUUUUUAUAAUAUAGUUUUUGUUGAUUCUUUUACCCAAACAUAUACUUGUAAGUUCUAAAGGGCCUGCCACUUUUCAUAUAAACUUAAAACAAUAUUAAAUCUAUAAAAA